AUGCUUGUUUGCCGCUUCCUCCUCGGAAUUACCGAGGCACCUUUCUACCCGGGGGCCUUGUACAUGCUCUCCAUGUUCUACACGCGCAAGGAGGUUUCAAGUCGCAUGGCCAUCUUUUACACCGGAAACAUGGCUGCAUCCGCAUUUUCGGGUCUGAUUGCUGCCCCUAUCUUCUCUGAGAUGGAAGGCAUGAGGGGCCUUCACGGCUGGCAAUGGCUCUUCAUCAUCCAAGGCGCUAUUUCGAUUCUCGUCGCCUUCUUCGCUUUCUUCUUGUUGCCCGACAGCCCCCUCAAGACCCGUUGGCUGACCGAGGAGGAACGCCAACUUGCCCAUACCAGAAUCUACAACGACACGACCGACCGUCGUGAAGGCACCUCCGUCUGGAAGGGUCUCAGCGAGGCUUGCAUGGACUGGCGCACCUGGGUCUUCUGCCUUAUGGACAACCUCCACUUAUCCGCGAACGGCUUCAAGAACUUCCUCCCCACCGUCGUUAAGACCCUUAAGUUCAACACUACUGUCACCCUCGUCCUCACCUGCCCUCCCUAUGUCUUCUCAGCCUUCUUUUCUGUCCUGGUUCCCUGGUCAUCUGGCAAGUACAAUGAGCGCACCUGGCAUAUCACGAUCAGCAAGCUCAUCGUCUGCAUCGGUUUCGUCAUGUCUGUCGCAUCUCUCAAUAUGGCUGUGCGAUACACUGGUAUUAUGCUCUUCGUUGGCGCAACCUAUGGUGUUAAUAACUUGAUUCUGGGCUGGACCUCCUCCGUUCUCGGCCAGACUGAUGAGAAGAAGGCCGUCGCGAUUGCCAUGGCGAACACGUUGGGCAAUGCGGCUAGCAUCUACACGCCGUACCUUUGGCCCGAUUCUGACUCCCCUCGAUUCCUUACAGCCAUGUGCGCUAGCAUUGGCUUUUCCAUCGGUGUUGUCAUCUGCGCGUGGUUUAUGAGGUGGGCUCUGAUCCGCACGAACAACAAGAAGAGACGGGAGGACCCCAAUGCGACCAACUUCUAUGUCUACUGA